AUGCGUCGGGCAUUCGUCCAGACUUUCCGUACUGCUAGGCGACUCCCAGUAUGGAAAGUUGCCGGUAAACGGCCAAGCCCGCUCUACUUCAACCAAAACCAGGUACGAAGCCUACGCCAAUACUCCGGAGGCCGUCACUCGUCUUUCCUCCAAGCGCGUUCGCAAUCAUCCAUGUAUUUUCGCAACUUUGGCCUUGCUGCGAUUUCGACUGUGGUCGCCUCCGGAGCUUGGUAUGCGUACCAGGGUGACGGUAGCGCUCAGUCAUUAGCAACACAGGUUCGAGCAUUCGCCUCAAGCGCAAUCGCAUCUGCCCACGCCGAGGGCCCCCCAGACUCCACGCGCCGUGGCCUUCUCGUCAGCAACGACCAGUUCUACACCGCGACCCUUUCCCAGGACCAGCCGUUAACGAAAGAAACCGACGACUCAGACCGCCGCAUGUUGAACAUGUUGACUCCGGAACAAGCAACAGAAAAGCUGCGCAAGAAUGAGGAAUCUUAUCUGGUUAAUCGGGGUAAAGGAGUGGUUCGAUACGAUAUAGUUCAGGUUCCCAGCAACUCGCCGAUUGAGGAUGACCACGCCGAACUUAUCGUUGAAGUACCUGCAUCCGUAGCGGCUAAUCAGAAUGGAGAACCUAGCAGUGAUUGGUCAUUUUGGGGAGUGUUUGAUGGCCACUCGGGCUGGACAACAUCUGCCAAGUUGAGAAAUGUGCUCAUUUCAUACGUCGCCAGAGAACUCAAUGCCACCUAUAAAUCUGCCGCUGCUGAUCCUUCAGUAUUGAUCCCUUCAUCUGAAGCUAUUGACUCUGCUAUUAAGCAAGGAUUCCUCCGUUUAGACCACGAUAUUGUGAACGAGAGUGUCAACAAGGUUCUCAAGUCUAAGUCACGACGCAUGGCUGCAGAACUCCUUGCGCCUGCCCUCUCAGGAUCUUGCGCUCUUCUCAGCUUCUAUGACUCUCAGUCUCAAAGCCUCAAGGUUGCGGUUGCUGGUGACUCCCGCGCUGUUCUUGGCCGUCGCGGCCCUAGCGGCAAAUGGACCGCCAAGGCACUCUCGGAAGAUCUUACUGGUGGAACACCUUCAGAGAUCAAGCGCCUGCAAGAGGAGCAUCCUGGUGAACCCUAUGUGACCCGCAAUGGCCGAAUCCUAGGAAACUUGGAGCCUAGUCGUGCAUUUGGAGAUGCUGUUUACAAAUGGACCAAGGACGUCCAAGACAAGAUCAAGGGCCAAUUCUUUGGUCGCACUCCCUCUCCACUACUCAAGACUCCUCCUUAUGUCACAGCCGAGCCUGUCGUCACCACUACCAAGAUUGACCCAUCUAAAGGAGAUUUCGUUGUCAUGGCUACUGAUGGUCUAUGGGAGAUGCUGAGCAAUGAGGAAGUCGUUGGCUUGGCCAGCGACGCCCAAUCCGCCAACAGCAAUAUGAUAUCCCCCCCCGCUGAAAGCCGCUUCGUAGUUGAAGAUAAGAAUGCUGCCACGCAUCUUGUCCGCAAUGCUAUGGGAGGCAAAGACAAGGAAAUGAUUACUGCCUUGUUGACGCUUCCUGCUCCUUAUUCCCGCCGUUACCGUGACGAUAUCACCGUCGAGGUUAUUUUUUUCGGCCAGGGCCCCGAUUCUCGCACUGUCGAACGCAACGAGGAAGCCUGCGCCCCAGAAGAGACCCCCAAGGCCAAGCUUUAA